UCCACAAGGCCGACACGUUUCAGAAGAACGAAAGAGUUGCCAAAAAAACAGCAUGAAAAGCUUAACAUUCUUGGCAGCAGAGGGUUUCGUUCGAAGUGGUCCAUGUGUCGGUAAGAAUCUCAGUUACUUGUCUUACAAUCUCUACCCAAUCCUGUUUAAGGCAAGCUACUUGCUAGAAGAGGCAGAUGUGCUCCAUAACUUGGUCAAGACGUGGCCUCUCAUUGAGCUCAAUCUGCAAAAAUUACUGGGAAAAACUCCAGACUGCCAGACAGAUCUCACCUCGCGCACCUGCAGCCUCUGUCUCAAAGCCCUGCUGAUGGGAUUGAAGGACUAUGUUCUUUAUGAACCAACCACAUACGCCAAAGUCCUGCAGGUGGUGGAUCUGACUGGGCUGCAGGAUGUCGAGCACCAGGCCUGUCCAUGCAGAAGCUCUCUGGGCCGCUGGGCUCGCACCGAAAUGCUCACACGUAUGUGCUAUGAGACCAUGGUGGCCAUGCAGGCAGAUCAGGUAGCAGCAUCUGCAUGGGGUGUGGAGGUGGACAUCCGACUCAACACCUUCGUUACAGGAAGAAACUAUGAAAUGGUGGCACAGGCACUACUGUUGCUCAGGCACUGCCCGUUGAAAUUGCGCUGUGUGGGUUUGCGUGUGGACUCACUUCCUGUGAAGAACCUCUUCUAUUUGCUGCACCUGGUCAACACUGAAAGCCUGCAGAAGUUAGAGGUGGUGCAUAAUGUACAUCUGGAGGCUCCACAUUUGGAGGUGAUGCUGUCACAGCUUCAUUUUCCUCAGCUGCGCUCACUCACAUUACCAGCACAGGCACUGGAUGUGCGAAAACUGACUCGAGGUGAUGAAGACCUCCUCACAGUGCUGGGAGAACUAAUGAGCAAGAUGGGAGAGCUGAGAGAGCUCUACCUGGGCUUCUCAACCCUUACAGGACAACUGAGACGACUGCUCAGUCCACUGAACACUCCACUGCAGUGUAUAGAGCUGGCGAACUGUUCCCUCAGCCCUGUGGACAUGGCUUAUUUGGCUAACAGCCUACACAGCGAGUUCCUAGUAAAACUGGACCUGAGUGGCCAUGUGGUGUCUGAUCUCUUCCCCAACACCUUCCGUAAACUGCUGCAUCGCUGCUCAGUUACACUCAGCAGUCUGGGAUUGGAGGAGUGUGGCCUUUCGGAAGAAAACCUGGACCUCCUCAUUCAUGCACUGGGACCUUGUAAUGCCAUACAAGAGCUUAAGAUUCUGGGCAACCCACUGAGCACAGCAGCCCUGCGCCAGCUCUUUAACAUGCUGGCACAAGGCUAUCCAGCUCUGAGGUAUAUAGAGCUGCCAGUGCCUCGUGACUGCUACUCUGAAGAUGUAACCUACCCAAUGGAUGAUUCCACACUACUGAGUUAUGAUCGAGAGAAGUUCCACCAAGCCAGAAGUGAACUGGUGGCCAUUCUGGAGCGAGCUGGGAAAGGACAUAUUGAAGUAUGCACACCGCUGCUUGGUGUCUAUGAUCCUGACAUCCAUGAAACAAGCAACGAGCUUGGGAUUUCUAUGCUGCACUCGUUUAAUACAGUAAUAGGGAACUUUAUACACACUGUGACAAGCGUGACUGAACGGAGAGAACACCGCCUAAAUGAGUGAGAUCACGGAUCCUACUCAAGAUGCAUAAACAGAUCAGAUUAAACUUGCAAUUUGAGGUGCAAGAGCUGUAAAAUAUGGGAAGAGACAAAGUGCAAGGUGAAGUAAACGGCCGGAAUUGUGCAAUAUGGAACUAGAUUUAGAUCAUUGACUCAUUAAGUGAUUAUGCAGAUCGUAAAUAUCUCAAAAGAAUUCUUGGUUUCGUUUCACAUAGAACCAGUUAUACACUCACCGGCCACUUUAAUAGGAACUUGUUCUUGAUUCUAAGAUUCCUGUUCUUGGCUUUUAGGAGUGGAACCCAAUGAGGUCUUCUGCUGUUGCAUGUGGAGAUGCUUUUCUGCUCACCAUGGUUGUAAAAAGAGUUGCUAUACGCUUCCUGGUAGCGCAAACCAAUCUGGCCAUUUUCCUCUGACUGCUGUUAUCAACAAGACAUUUCCACCCAUGGAACUGUCGCUCACUCUGUUUUUUGCACCAUUCUGUGUAAACUCGAGACUGUUGUGUGUAUGAAAAUCCCAGAUCAGCAGUUUCUGAAAUACUCAAACCAGCCCAUCUGGCACCAACACCCAUACCACAGUGAAAGUCACAGAGAUCACAAUUUUUCCCAUUCUGAAGUGAACAUUAAUUGAAGCUCUUGAUUUGUAUCUGCAUGAUUUCAUGGAUUGUGCUGCUGUCAAGGGACUGGCUGAUUAGAGGACUGCAUAAAACAGCAAGUGUAUGGCAUUCCUAAUAAAGUGGCCAGUGAGUGUACACACGAGUCAACAGUGCAAACAAGAAAAUUCUGACAAGCGGGGGGGAAACAAAAUUUUAGCCUCACUAAAAACACUACAUUCUACAUACUUUAUCACUGUGGCAGUAGUAGUAUCUUUCACCUGCAAAAACAUGUCUUCCACAUAAUUGCAGGAAAUCAUAAAUGCUAUAGGUAAACUGGAAAUGUUGGCACCUUUGCAUAAGUAACCAGCCUUCCCAAUACUAGCUUAACUGCUUUGAACUCUGAUGUUCCGAGCAUUUCAGUGGUUUAUUUUUUUGAAGAAACAUGCAGAACACAUGAAAAAAAAAAGUUUAAACUUGUGUACAAUUAAUUAAUUUCAUUCAGAUGCAUAACUGUAGGAAAAACUUGGUGUUUUGUAAAGCUUGGUCUUAUGUAAAAUGCUGGGAUUUGAUGUCAGUUUAUUUACAACGUAUCCUACUUGAACAAAUCCGUGAUAAAGCGUUUACUUAUGACAUUUUAUAU